AUGCGGCGAACGAGAAAGUCCUACUUAAAAAUACCUUUAGCAUACAUUUCUCACUUGAAAGGUUCGAAGGUAUCAGCAAAGAAAGCAGCAAACACAAGACAGUAUAGCAUUAUGAUGGGAUUUGCGUGGGGUUUUAAGCCCGCUGGUAAGGUGCCUCAAGACACAGCAGGCUCACAGAGCUCAGGCCACAUGGUGGUGGCAAAUUCUGUAGGGAAACAGAAAAGACGGUAUAGCAACGAGGAGCAACAAGAAGAACCCUCUCGGAAUAAGAGUAUGACGAAAUUCGGAGGCGUCUCCAAGAGGAGGCCCCAUCCGAGCUCGCUAAUAAGAGGUCAGCCUCUGCCCUUGCAACGAGGCAUGGAAUUAAUGAGCAAAGAGCAAUUACAGCAGUUGCUGGUGGACCUGAUGACAAAGCAUCCGGAAAUUCAACAGAGUGUCCACACGAGGAUUACUGGACUGGAUUUUAGUAUACAAAAGUGUCUUGACGUUUUGAAACAGAAAUCCGAAGCCGUUUACCAAAGCAUACCUUACAAUAGGUCCUACGAGAGUAAUAAGUUGGACGACUACGCAUUUGUGAGAAUGAAGCCUCAAAUUUUGGAGUUUUUGAACUGUUUAGUGGAUUUUAUACUGGAUAACAUCCCACCACGGUUGGAAAACUUACACGCAUCGUUAAAAUUUUUGGACAUCUGCACAGAAUUAGUCAUUAAAUUACCAAGGUUUGAAUUGGCCAGUAACAACUACUACUACGAUAAGUGCAUCGAACAAUUAUCGCACGUAUGGUGCACGCUCAUUGAACAUGUCGCCCGAGACAGGCUAAUCCUCUUGGCAGAUAACAGCUCUGUGUGGAAAACUCACAUGACAAGGUUACAAAUCUAUAAUGAACAAUCGAACGGAUUAUUGGAACGCCCUCUUCAACUGUUCAAGUCAUUAGACAUGGGGGCUUCUCCUGCAUCACCAUCAUCAUCAUCAUCAUCAUCAUUUCAAGAGACGAUCAUUUACCACCACGAUACCAUGACCAACGAAAAUAAUAACAGUGGUAACACUAAUGAUUCACCCUUCAACUAA